AUUUUCCAUAUUUUUUGAUAUUCUUCAAAAUGUCGAAGCGAGCUCAGCUGUUAGAGAAUGAAGCUCUUGUGCGUGGUUGGUGGCAGGAAGGCCGUGUGUAUGACGCCGCUGUUCCAUCAAACCGUUCCGUUGACAAGUACUUCUGCACAUUUCCAUAUCCUUAUAUGAAUGGUCGACUACACAUCGGUCACGCAUUUAGUAUGUCUAAGGCGGAGUUUCAAGCCCGUUUUCAGCGUACUCAGGGUAAAGCAGUUUUAUGGCCCUUUGGGCUUCAUUGUACAGGUAUGCCUAUUAUGGCAUGUGCAGACAAGAUCAAGAAUGAAUUGAAGGAGAUGAAAUCACCUGAUCUCGCUGCUACUGUUCCAGAAGCAGUGAGUACCGUAGUUCCCGGUAAAGAGGAGACUGACUGUACCAAGUUCGCGUCUAAGAAGACAAAAUUGCUUGCUAAAACAGAUGUAAAGAUGACCCAAAUGGAUAUAAUGCGCCACAUGGGCAUCGAUGAUUCCGAGAUUCCUAAAUUUGCUGAUCCCCAAUACUGGCUGACUUACUUUUCACCACUUGCUAUACAAGAUCUAAAAUCAUUUGGCACUUCCGUAGACUGGCGUCGUAGUUUCAUUACUACCGAUCGCAAUCCAUAUUACAACGCCUUUGUUGAAUGGCAAUUCACUCGUAUGAAGGAAUUGGGUACUUUACAUUUUGGAUGCCGUCCGUCUAUAUUCAGUCGUUCGGUGAUGCAACCCUGUGCUGAUCACGACCGUGCUGAGGGUGAGGGUGCCACCGCUCAGGAGUACACUGUGAUUAAAAUGCGCUUGGAACACGGUGUAGACAUUUUCGACCAACUCGAUGAGCGUUACAAAGGAUUUAGGGACGUGUUAUCUAGUAAGCAGGUUUUCCUUUUGGCUGCUACUCUACGCCCAGAGACUAUGUACGGCCAGACCAACUGUUUCGUUCUUCCAGAGGGCACCUACGAAAUAGUCCUUGGUUACAGCACACCAAAGCUUAAUUUCAACGAUAUGGGUGUAGUGGAAACAGUAAUGGGUAUUGAAGAAGCUGUUAAAUCAUGCGAUUGCUUGUAUAUAGCAUCUGGCCGCAGCGCACUGAAUAUGUCUUACCAGGGAUUAGUGUUACUUAGGCCAAAUGAUUCAGGUUUAAGUGAGGUACAUUCCAUUGCCCAAUGUACUGGUCAAUCCUUGAUUGGUGCUUCAUUAGGUAGCCCUCUUAGCGUCCAUGAGCGCAUCUAUGUCUUGCCCAUGCUUACUAUAUCUAUGGAAAAGGGCACCGGUAUAGUGUCAUGUGUCCCCAGUGACUCUCCUGAUGAUUUUAUUACAUUAUCUGAGAUUCGUAAGAAAACUGCUUACUACAAGGAUAAAUACAAUGUUGACCCAAUUCACUGCAGUGUGGAUAUAGUACCGGUGAUAGACAUUCCUGGUUUAGGUACUUGUGCAGCUGAGGUUGUAUGUCAGCAGGAAAAGGUAGCUUCCAGCAAGGACUCUGUGAAGUUGGAGCGCUGCAAAGAGAUUCUGUAUAAGCGUGGUUUUUACGAGGGUAUUAUGGCUGUAGGCCCUCACAAAGGACGUAAAGUCUCUGAUGUCAAGGACACCAUCCGUGAUGAGAUGGUGCGCGCUGAGAGCGCAUUUAUCUAUUACGAGCCCACUAAACGUGUAGUUGCCAGGGCUGGUGACGUUUGCAUUGUGGCAUUGUGCAACCAGUGGUACACUAAAUUCAGUGACCCUGCUUGGAAGGAGCGUGUGUUAGCCCAUGUUAAUGACCCUAACAAAUUUAGCUGCUAUAACGAUUCAGCAUUGAACCAAGUGAAGCAUGUUGUAUCCUGGCUUGACAACUGGGCUUGCAGCCGUUCUUACGGCCUGGGUACUGUAUUACCCUGGGAGGACAUUAACCAAAACAAGAACUCGCUAAUCGAGAGUCUUUCCGACAGUACAAUUUACAUGGCCUAUUAUACAAUUGCCCAUUAUCUCCAGGGUGAUAUAUUCGGUACAACUCCUGGUUCUUUAGGCCUGGUCCCAUCACAAUUAACUCCUGCGGUAUUUGACUAUGUAUUCCACAUAAGCGACACGGUCCCAGACGGUCUCGACAAUGCAACUGCUAAAAAACUUAAGCUGAUGCGCGACGACUUCGCUUAUUGGUACCCCGUAGACUUGCGUUGCUCGGGAAAAGAUCUUAUAUUUAACCAUUUAACUAUGAGCCUCUUUGUUCACAAUGCAAUAUGGAAUGACGUAAAGACUAUAGAGGCGAUGCCAAGGUCAUAUUUAUGUGUUGGUCAUGUUCUUGUUGACUCUGAGAAAAUGUCGAAAUCCAAGGGUAACUUCUUGACUCUCGAGGAUGCCAUUGGAAUGUACACUGCUGAUGGCACUCGCGUUGCUCUAGCUGAUGCUGGUGACGGUUUAGAUGACGCUAACUUUGCCAAGGAAACUGCUGAGGCGGCUGUACUGAAGCUACAUACUAUACUAUUGUCAUGUCAAUCUGACAUGGAACUUGGAAACCGCGCUUGCAGUGCAGAUGGCAUAGGCCAAUAUGCCAAGAACGUAUUCCUGAACGAGAUUGCGGUAUUAGUGGAGAAAACAAAGGAAGCAUACACUGGAUUUGUAUACCGUGACGCUCUGAAAUACUGCUUCUAUGACUACAUUAGUGCUCGUCGUAACUACUUGCAAAUGGCUCAGGGUGAUAUUGAUUCUAGUGCCUUACGUCUGUAUCACGAAACCUUCUGCCGUAUUGCAAAUCCAAUAGUCCCUCACAUGUGUGAAUACCUUUGGAGACAGGUGCUCGGUAAGCCAAAUUCACUGGUCGGUGUGCUUUGGCCAACGCUGGAGCCUAUCGACUGGGCAUUACAUCGUCAGCUGAAGCUCUUGCAAAAGAACAUGGACGAAUUCCGCAAGUGCAAGGACCGUUCUCAGGCGGUUACUCGUAAACACAAGGGCCCUGCUGCCGUUGAGGACUUCACUGGUGCUGUUAUAUACGUCGCCAAAGAAUAUCCCACAUUACACCAAGGUGUCCUAAGGACUCUACAGGCCAUGGACGUAUGUAGCGGUACUAUAUCCGAGAAGGAAGUUAUAAAGUCACUAUCAUCCUCAGAUUUAGUGACCUCCGCAUCUGGUGCUGACAAGAAGGCCAUGCUGGCCUUCGCCAGCUUCCAGCUACGUGAAGUUGCAGUUCUGGGUGCAAGUGCAUUAUUGCUGGAAUUACCAUACUGUGAACUAUCCUACCUACGAUCUAUAUCGUCAUAUGUACAACAAUCUCUAGAGGUUAAGGAACUUUCUAUACUACCGCACUCUGAGACUCAUGAAAAGGAUUCUAGCAACAUUAGGCAUUCUGCAUUUCCCGGCCGACCGUCUGUGUUCUUUUACUAGUUUUUGAACGGUGAGCAGAGCUCGAACUUAUCGAUAUCCCAUUUGGCUGCCUGUGCGCUUAGCAUAACUUCGUCAA